AUGGACAAAUGGAAACCUUUCAAAAACUUUACAUUGGACCUCACAUGGAAGGAUAACAAUAUUGGUCUUUUUUCCUUCGAAUUGGGUGGUGAAGCCAAAGCCAAGGCAGGGGAUGAAGUCUCCGCAAAGCUCUUGUUGACCGUCAAGAAAGCCAUCCCCACCAAAAGUCUGGAGUUGUACUUUGUCGGCGAAGAGGCGACGCAGGUCGAUUACAUGCAAAAGCACAAAAGCAAGGGCAGUAUUAGUCACGAUUUUGAACCAACGAAACGAUCGGCCUAUGGUGGCCAUCAUUUUCUCAGAAUUAACUUCUCCUUGCCAAUAAGUGUCUCGACCAAGAUCAUUCAAAAUGACAAGUUGGUACCGGGAGAGUAUCAAAUUCCCCUUCGAAUCUCCAUCCCCGCUCGUGCCCCCAGUUCCUUUGAAGCGGCAAAAGGAGGUCAUGGUGACUUGCAUUAUCACGCCAUUGUCCAGUAUCGAUGUUACGCCAAAUUGGUUGGAUCUGGAAGGUUUAGUGAUUACGAAACCGACGCUCCAAUCCAUGUAACGGGUGCCCCCGAGUUGCAAGCCACAAUACCCUCGCAAGACAAGAUCAUGACGCAAAACAUUCUCCGUUGGAAAGUCUUCUCGGGUGGCGCCAUGUCAUUUGGAGCCAAAGUAGUGGAUGCACAGCUAUUUCGAGGGCAGCCUCCUCAAGUCAAGGUUGCCCUGGUCAAUGACAGUUCUGCAGAUCUGGAGAGAAUUCAAAUUCAUCUGGAAGAAACUCUCUGGUUCAAAGCCCAAGGUCAAGUCAGAACCAGCACCAGAACCUUGUGCUCGGCGACAUUCCCGGCCCAAUUCCAGAAGCUCAGCAAGGAAACACUCAAGGGACGAUUGCAGGAUGCCUACCGAGAGCAAAGCAACAAUUCAGUCAUCUCCCAAUCGCUCGAUGAUGACGACCAUCCCGUCUAUACCCUUCCUGCUGUCCCGCAGAAUGCUCGCAACACUUAUGCGGGAGAAAUCAUCAAAAUCACUCACGAGCUGCACAUCAAACUUGGUACCACCACCAAGCACACCAAUCCAAAGUUACAAAUGGCUGUCAGAGUUGCCGGGGAUGGUGAUCCUGGUGUGCUGGCAGCCACGCCGGUAGCAAGUGCUACGCCUGCAGCAAGCGCUACGCCUGCAGCAAACGGCACACCCUCAGCAAAUGGCAAAGAUGAUGAAGGAGUUUUGUGGGCCUAG